UAUCCACACCACAUGUUUAGAUCUCUAUAGAGGAUCAGUCAAUAUCACGUCUAAUCGGUAUUUCAAAAAGUUUCCUGCACUGUAUUGAUAAAGUUUUACGUGCACUCUAUUUUGUAAAACAAGUGAUUAGUAUUUUGUGCCUCUGUACUGCAAGAGCUCUCAAAAUGCGUUUGCUCACUAUUUCACUUUUGGCUUCUUUACUGCUACUCAUAACUGGAAAUAAUAAUGAACGAAGCGAUGAUUUCAAAUGUACUCUUCCCGAACUCACGUUAGAUGAUUUGAAUUUUGAUAUGAAGCAAUUUUUAGAAAAUUUUGCCAAAGUAAAGGAGAUCAAAUUUCCGAUAUCGUUUGGUCCUCUACCUGAAAAAUAUAUUUGCAAGCUAAAAUGUGUUGACGGAUAUUGGGUAGGUCCACUAUGUUCAAGCUCACCAGAUGGCCGAUUCAAAUCGCUUUUAAAAGAAUGUAUUUACAACAACACGUAUCCUCUUCUAACAGUAUCAUUUAAAAAUUCUUCUAUAGAGAACGAUACAAACUUUCCCCAUAAUACUACUGUUACCGCUCGUUGUAAAUAUUUUGGAAUGUACAAGCUGAAAGGAGAAGGCGAGUUACGUUGUGAAAAUGGUGAAUGGGUACCGAAGUUUCCAGAGUGUGUACCGACCACUGUCAUCACAAACUUUACAGGUGAUGCCCCGCCGACGGUAAUCUACGAAGUUGUGAGUGGUUCUGCCACAGUUCAACCGAACGGAGAAUUAUUUGUUUAUCCCGAAAGCACUAUUUGGCUUGAUUGUUUGUCACUACGAAGUGCUGGCCAGCCAGAGUGGACGUGGACGCAUAGUAUGACAAACUAUAAAACAGGGUGGCUUAAUGAACACGACAACACAUUCAGAGUGACGUUACCGAAGCUGAGUGCCCGAUUCGCGGAGACAUUUUCUUGUUCUACUCCAGCAGGAACUACCAAUAAGUUAUCCAUCAGAGUUGUUAAUGUAGAAUGUAAUCCUUUAGCUGUGUCAUUACCUCCUGUUCGCCAGUACACGACGGGAAACAAACUCGGCAACACAGCUCACUUCAGCUGCGAACCAGGUUUUCACUUGAGCGGUUCAGCGACACUCCAUUGUAUGGGUGAUGGUCGCUGGUCAUCUUUACCGCCAACGUGUGAAGAGACUUUUUGUCCAUUCUUCACUUCUCUCAAUCCACAUUUGAGCAUAAUUGAACAUAAUUCUUCGUUUGGUGGAAGAACAGUGUUCACAUGUUCUUGGGGUUAUCGUCUGGUUGGAGCCCCUGGAUUGGAAUGUGAACAAGACGGCCAGUGGUCUGGAGAAAUGCCGCAAUGUAUACCAAUUUAUUGUCCAGACCCUAUAGUACCUGAGCACGGCCAAUUGUUAACAAAAACAACAUCAAAAGAUGGAAAAUAUCCAGUCGGCGAUCUGCUGAUCUAUUCUUGUGACACAGAAUACGAAAUGCUAGGAGAAGCUUCGAUAGUAUGCACAGAAAAUGGAUUUUGGUCUCAUCCACCACCAUUCUGCUUACCCCCCGCUGAAAUUAAACAUCCAGAUACGAUUUAUAUAGAAAAUACAACAUUAGUUCACGUAGAUGCGGGAUAUUAAAUGAAAAGGUGUUUCAAAUAAACAUAAAUUAACAGUG